GCAGGCCACACUCACUUCAGGUGACAGUGACGUUGCCUGGGCUGCUGCAUCCGCACUGCUUGACGGAGGAGCCGGCUGUGUUAAUGCCUAGACGCCUUGGCUAACAGAUCCGUACUCGCUCGAUGGGGAGCACCGGUGGAGCCCCUUCCCGCGUCAUCACCCUGCCCCUCUGCAGCCAGAGAAAUCACGCCAGCACCUCCUCAGUCAGAACGAUGAAGCUGGUGCUAACUGAGUGGUCAUUAUGGAUUUUUAACCCUAACUCACAGUAAUCCAACAAGCCAUGUGCUUAAAACCCAACCAAAUAUCAUUGUGUUUUGCUGGGAGCCGCAUCCGAUUGUGAGAAGUUGUGCAAAGAGGAAUAUAAGUAUUACUUGCCGGGGAACGCAACGGAAGCAGAAAGAGAAGACGUCUUAAUUUAUCCUUAAAGAUAUAUGAUAGUGUUAUUUAUAUAGAUAGAGUAAGUAAAUACAUCCAUAUCUCUGGUGGUGAUGAGAAUGGCCCCGCAGAACGCCGACGCGGAGUCUGUGCAAGUCCAGGAGCUGCCGGUGCCCCUGCCCGAGCUGCAGAAGCCCCCCAGCACCGACCUCGAGCCGCGCGACGAGACCGUCAGCGAAGGCUCCAUCGACCGCAUCCCCGUGCGCCUGUGGGUCAUGCACGGGGCCGUGAUGUUCGGCAGGGAGUUCUGCUACGCCAUGGAGACGGCGCUGGUCACACCGAUCCUGCUGCAGAUCGCGCUCGCGCCUCCUGCACCGCCGCCACCCCCCAUCCAAGGAUAUGCCUUCAAGCCUCCGCCCAGACCCGACUUCGGGACCUCGGGGAGAACAAUCAAGUUACAGGCCAACUUCUUUGAAAUGGACAUUCCAAAAAUUGACAUCUAUCACUACGAAUUGGACAUCAAGCCCGAGAAAUGCCCGAGGAGAGUGAACAGGGAGAUAGUGGAACAUAUGGUCCAGCACUUUAAAACGCAGAUCUUCGGAGACCGGAAGCCAGUGUUCGACGGGAGGAAGAACCUCUACACGGCCAUGCCCCUUCCGAUCGGGAGGGAGAAGGUGGAGCUGGAGGUCACGCUACCAGGGGAAGGGAAGGACCGCAUCUUCAAGGUGUCCAUCAAGUGGGUGUCCUGUGUGAGCUUGCAGGCGUUACACGAUGCACUUUCGGGGCGGCUGCCCAGCGUCCCCUUUGAGACGAUCCAGGCCCUGGACGUGGUCAUGAGGCACCUGCCCUCCAUGAGGUACACGCCCGUGGGCCGCUCCUUCUUCACUGCGUCCGAGGGCUGCUCCAACCCCCUGGGCGGGGGCCGAGAAGUGUGGUUUGGCUUCCAUCAGUCUGUCCGCCCUUCUCUUUGGAAAAUGAUGCUGAACAUUGAUGUCUCUGCAACAGCGUUUUAUAAAGCACAGCCAGUAAUCGAGUUUGUUUGUGAAGUUUUGGAUUUUAAAAGUAUUGAAGAACAACAAAAACCUCUGACAGAUUCCCAAAGGGUCAAGUUUACCAAAGAAAUCAAAGGUCUGAAGGUGGAGAUCACGCACUGUGGGCAGAUGAAGAGGAAGUACCGCGUCUGCAACGUGACCCGGCGGCCCGCCAGCCACCAAACAUUCCCGCUGCAGCAGGAGAGCGGGCAGACAGUGGAGUGCACGGUGGCCCAGUACUUCAAGGACAGGCACAAGCUGGUUCUGCGCUACCCCCACCUCCCAUGUUUACAAGUUGGACAGGAGCAGAAACACACCUACCUUCCCCUAGAGGUCUGUAACAUUGUGGCGGGACAGAGAUGCAUAAAAAAGUUGACCGACAAUCAGACCUCAACCAUGAUCAGAGCAACUGCCAGGUCAGCGCCUGAUCGGCAAGAAGAGAUUAGCAAGCUGAUGAGAAGUGCCAGUUUUAACACAGAUCCGUAUGUCCGGGAAUUCGGGAUCAUGGUCAAAGACGAGAUGACGGACGUGACCGGGCGGGUCCUGCAGCCCCCCUCCAUCCUCUAUGGGGGCCGGAAUAAAGCGAUUGCCACCCCUGUCCAGGGCGUCUGGGACAUGAGGAACAAGCAGUUUCACACGGGCAUUGAAAUCAAGGUGUGGGCCAUCGCCUGCUUCGCCCCCCAGCGCCAGUGCACGGAGGUGCACCUCAAGUCCUUCACGGAGCAGCUCAGGAAGAUCUCGAGGGACGCGGGGAUGCCGAUCCAGGGCCAGCCGUGCUUCUGCAAGUAUGCUCAGGGCGCGGACAGUGUGGAGCCCAUGUUCCGGCACCUGAAGAACACCUACACGGGCCUCCAGCUGGUGGUGGUCAUCCUGCCGGGCAAGACCCCCGUUUACGCCGAGGUGAAGCGCGUGGGCGACACGGUGCUCGGGAUGGCCACGCAGUGCGUGCAGAUGAAGAACGUGCAGCGGACCACGCCGCAGACGCUGUCCAACCUCUGCCUGAAGAUCAACGUCAAGCUGGGGGGCGUGAACAACAUCCUGCUGCCCCAGGGGAGGCCGCCGGUGUUCCAGCAGCCCGUCAUCUUCCUGGGGGCCGACGUCACCCACCCGCCCGCAGGGGACGGGAAGAAGCCUUCCAUCGCUGCUGUCGUGGGCAGCAUGGACGCCCACCCCAACCGCUACUGCGCCACCGUGCGGGUCCAGCAGCACCGCCAGGAGAUCAUCCAGGACCUGGCCGCCAUGGUGCGUGAGCUGCUCAUCCAGUUCUACAAGUCCACGCGCUUCAAGCCCACCCGCAUCAUCUUCUACCGCGACGGCGUGUCCGAGGGGCAGUUUCAGCAGGUGCUGCACCAUGAGCUGCUGGCCAUCCGCGAGGCGUGCAUCAAGCUGGAGAAGGACUACCAGCCGGGCAUCACGUUCAUCGUGGUCCAGAAGCGGCACCACACGCGGCUUUUCUGCACGGACAAGAAUGAGCGGGUGGGGAAGAGUGGAAACAUCCCAGCAGGCACCACCGUGGACACGAAGAUCACCCACCCGACCGAGUUUGACUUCUACCUGUGUAGUCACGCUGGCAUCCAGGGCACAAGCAGGCCUUCCCACUACCAUGUGCUUUGGGAUGACAAUCGUUUCUCUUCCGAUGAGCUGCAGAUUCUCACCUACCAGCUGUGUCACACCUACGUGCGCUGCACGCGCUCCGUGUCCAUCCCAGCGCCAGCAUACUACGCGCACCUGGUGGCCUUCCGGGCCAGGUACCACCUGGUGGAUAAAGAACAUGACAGUGCUGAAGGAAGCCAUACCUCCGGGCAGAGUAACGGACGCGACCAUCAGGCGCUGGCCAAGGCGGUCCAGGUCCACCAGGACACACUGCGCACCAUGUACUUUGCUUGACGUGUUGUGUUUACGAUUGUGUGCCGAGUGGGAUUCACACGAGACCAGCGACACUCAGACCAACAGACGCCAGCCCUCCCGUGGCAGCCAGCGCCCACCAGGAGACACCCAGACCAACAGACGCCAGCCCUCCCGAGGCAGCCAGCGCCCACCAGGAGACGGCGCUGGCUCAGCAGAUGCCCCACUUCCCAGAAUGCCUUCCGUCCUGGAUUUCAAACUUGGAUUUUGAACUGCAGACCUGUAUGAGACCCCAUUAUCAUAGGAAAUAUGGUUUGCCAAAAUCUAUGAGCUGCUUGUUAAACUAGAGUCCCGUGUUCCUUAAAAAAUCUCCUAAAAGCAGUCUAUGAACUCAGGGCUUUAAAACAUUUUUAAUUUAUUUGGUCAUUCGAUUCACUUGUUUUUAACACAUGAUUCUAGAUGAGAUCGAUGGGCUCAAACUAGCUGUGACUGCUCUCUGAGAGCCAGAGCAACACGAUGAGGUUGUGGUUUUAAAGCCUUGACCAUUCUGCUGUCGCUGAGUCUGCCGCAGCGACGCCCGAGUCCUGAUGUGGCUCCGCAAGCGCGUCAGGACCCCCGGGCAGGCGCCUCCGGGUGCCCUCGGGCGUCGCGUCCACGGCCAGCCUUUCCCACCGCGGGGGAGGGGCAGCGGUGGCGGCAGAGGCCAUGUGCGUUUACAACACUUCUAGGUCCAGAGAGAUUGGCAGCAAGUGCCAUUUUAAUAAAAAUUUAUUUAAAAAAAAAAAAGAAAAAAGACAAUAUGCCGACAGUCUAAUCGUAAGAUUUGUCCUAUAGGACUGUGACAUUUAUUUUCCAAAGUUUCUAAAGAAUACGGGUCUGUGGUGAUAAGUACAGUACAAUCCUUUUUCACUGUUAUGUCUUUAAUGUAAGAGAAGAGAAUUAUAUACCUGGUUUGCAGUAUUCAUGUGAUAGCUAGAUGCUGCUUUUUGUUCUAUUGACUACGGGGUGCUUCUUGUGAUCUGCAGUGUUUCAAGGCCUGGACACUGGGCCGCUCUUGUGGGUCUCAGUGCUCAAGUACAGGGGGAUGCACUGCACCCCCUGUGCCCGCGGCCCGCCCCCCAGGGGACCGGGUGCGCUCACAGUGGUCACGCGCCACCCUCCCUGCCCCUCCAUCCCAUGUGUUGCUCAGCCGAUUAAGCACAAAUGGAAUGUACGCAUUCUUCCGGUCCUGGGAGCACGUCCGUGUGUUGGCGGGCCCGCCUCGCCAUGCGGGGUCCUGUGGCGACCCCACAGGACCUGACACUGAACGCGGGAGCCUGCAGUGGGGGCCCCGUGCGGCAGUCAGCAGCCGAGCCCUGCCCCCCACAGGAUGGUGGAUGGACGCCUUUGGAAGGGCCAGACCCUCCUGCUGGGAUCUGCCUUCUGGGCCCAGACGUGGGGUUGCCAACCCAGAAACCGUUGCACUCGGAGUGAUGCCAUGGACAGCUUGGAAGGGGUGACCGCUGACAGCUCUGUUUGUGCUGAGUGGGCUCUUUGUCCUGUAGGCAGAUUUACCGAGAGUCAAGUCCACGUUCGUCGUAGAGACUCGAGGAAGGAGACGAGCCUUCUUCCCCCGUGCUGCUUUGUGCUCUAGGUUUCCUGUCCCUGCUGACACCCCCACCCGGCUGACACUUACCUCUGGUCCUGACAGGGGAGCCUCCGCUGGAGCGGGCGCCCGCCUGCCUCCCGGUCUCUGCUCUGGGCUCUCGCGGACCCUCGCCUGCGUCUCGGUGGUGGUGACAGAAGGAUGCAUAUUAUUUGUGAAGCUGUCUGCUCAGAGUGGUGCGUGCGUGUGGAAGUGUGUGCAUGUGGGUGUCUUAUUAAUGGCAUUAGUCCCUCCUCGCUGUGUCUCUGUCUCUCAGUGACAGAAGCCUCUGCUCUGAGAGAUGUCGCAGGUCCCUGUCGCUCCGUUGGCAAGUGGCACUUUCUCCACGUCAGGACACCAGCCCACUCUUGGCUUACUUUCUGGGAGCCUUCAAGCUGAGGGGGGAAUCUUCACUAAUACACUCUUAAAUUGGGUCGGUUUUCAGCCAUUUUUAGGGUCAUCUAAACCUGUUUGUCUCAAAGGUGCGUUUCUAACAUGUGCAAGGGGAUCUCGUGGGCGGGGUGCCUGGUUAAAAUCAGACUCCCAGGCCUGGCUGCGAACCUCAUGGCCGGGGCUGCCUGCGUCUGAGGCCCCCGGUGCAGAGCUUCCCGGAGGGGCUCCCACAAACACGGAGGCCCAGCGGGCAGGGCUCCUCGGCGACCAUGUUCUAGGCCAAAACCUCGGGAAGAUCACAGGCUGGCAGAAAAUUACACCUACUUUUUUAAAAAACUUACUUUGAAGGCAGAGUUGAUUUUCAGUGGGCCAAAGUGCUUUGAGAAGGGUGCUUUUCAUGGCCCUGUGCUUGUUUCAUAGAACUUUUCACACUAAAGGAUCACCAGGCGGCCUGUCUCGCCGGCUGCACACCCUGCCCUCGUUUGGGGGUUCAGAGGGCGUGGCGGUGGGUGCGCGCUCAGGUAGACCGUUUCCCCAGCUUCUGCCAGGCCCCAUUGUUAGGCUGCGUUCUGAGUUCCGAGACCGUGUGAGACCUCCCGGUGCGGGAGGGUCAGCCCAAGCCCCGUUCGCUUGGGAGCCAGAGGGGCCCUUGCCGUCCUCUGACCCGGGGCUACCUCGGGCCAGGCCGAGGGGGCGCCCCAGCCCACUGGUAGUAAGGUGUGCCUUGCUCGAAGCGAACUGAAUGUGAAAAUGUCAGAGAAAAGCUGGGAUUUCCCUCAUCUCUGUAGAAGAGCGUCUCCCAAUUCGAUUCUCACAUUGAUACUCUUCGUAGCAUAUUUCAAAACAGCCACUUUGAGAAAAAUCAGUGUAUUCCCACCCCUUCGCCACUGUCUGUCGCAGUGGACAAGCCCCCCUGAAGAACCCAGGGCACCCGUCCCGGUCGCCAUUUUGCAGAAGAGACUUUGGUGCCGCUGGGACCUCACCCUGCUAUUUGUGUACAAUAAGCUCUGGUCUCCCUAGUCCAGAUAAAUUCAGUAAGACUGGGCAUGCCUGUGAUUUCCGAAAGAAAGGCUUUGUUUUGGUUUGGGUUUAGGUUUUCUGUUUUGAGAAGCAAGCACACACACACACACACACACACACACACACACUUGACUCGCUGGGUACUAUACGGUAGGGUCUGCCUUUUCUUGUCGAGAGUGUAUUGCUUCUUGGUGGUGUUCUCAUGCUCCCUCCAGUGAAUGUGUGCGCACUCUCGACCCACAGACGACCCCGGACCUUGGCAGUGGGCCGGGGGGACGCUGUUGGAAACCGAGGGACUUCAUGCUGUUCGAGGUUGGCCAGAUCCACGCUGCUCCGGACUCUGGCCCCGGCUGGAGGGCUGGCUAGAAAGGGGUUUCCUCCUCCAGCAGGGUGGGAGGGGGCUUUUUGAUGCUGUAUUGUAUGUUGUGUUUACUGUCGUCGAUGCAAACGUUGCUAUUUAUUUUUGCCUUUCUACUCUGGUUUGAUUUGGCCAAUGUGGAUAUUCCAGUGCACAUGGUACCUGAUGGACAGGGUACUGGCUGUUUCCCAGCUUUUAUAAGUCGCCUGACGUCUACCUUCAGGUCUGCCGGAUGAUUUAUUUUUGAACGCCGCAAAUGGAAUUUUUUUGGAUGAAUUGUUUUGCUUAUAUAUGCAGCAGUGUAAUUUUACAUUGAUCUGUGGGGUGAUUUAAAUUUUCUUUUUGCAUUUUCUCAGUCAAAUUAUAUAUUUGAUGCAAUAUGUGAAGGGUGGAGCAGCUAAGCGUCUUGCGACGGGACCCCAGGCUGUCCCCAGAAGGCCCCGUGGGCCACGGCGGCGCCUCUGCCCUGUGUCAUGGAAGCGCGUGGCCAUUUGUAUCUGGGUGGCUCUUCAGUGGGACUUUGAGCUGUUGGACAGUUAAAAGGAUUUUCAUGGGCAUUUUCCUACACCAGAGGCAGUUCUAUUAGGAGGAACUCUAGAAGUUGACAUAACCAGACAGUGGACAAUCCCAGUGGCCCGGACAAGCCAUAGACAUUUCCCUGUGACCUCUCUGACUCAUCUCUCACGCUCACGAGAAAAGGAAUGUACAAUAGAGGAACGUCCUCAGUGUUCGUGCGCCUCACUCUCGGAACGCAACUCUCUUAUUUAUAUUUUAAACCUUUCCCCCGAAGUGACAGACUGUCCUCUCCGGCUGCCACCCAGCCGCUUCCCUGCUGUGCCGCUGGUCAGUGUAGAGGCCAUGCACGUGUGACUGUCCACGUUACACACACAUGGAGACUCUUUUGUAAGGAAAAUUUUCAGCUCAAAAUAAUUGCACUGAUUUUGACAACUUCCUUUUCUAAUUAUGCCCCACCUUGCGUCUGCUGUACUCGUCUGUGAUGACUGUAGAUAGACUUAGGGUAGCAGAAGUGACAGGAACCCCGCUACUUUGUGUUUGCGACGCUGCCGCGUUCUCCAGUGUCGUGGGCUGGAGUCGUGGGCUGGCUUCUGUUCUUCCGCCGCGUGCCUGUCGACCCCUCAUGAAGGAAACGUUCCCCUUUGCCCGUUUUUCUAAAAGGCCGUCUGCAAUCUAGUGAAAGGGGAGUGAGCUCCCCUGAGGUCUGAAGACUUAAUUUUAAGAGGAUUAAUUGUAAAUCCUUUAGACACGUUUUGUGGUUUAGUUUCUUGUUAUUUGCCAUGACUCCCAAAAGCAUUUCCUCCUGGUUCCGCCCAGCACUUGAUGUGCGGGUGGCAAGCACGCGUGUGGCCCACCUGCCGGGGUCGCCAUGGCUUUGAAGCCACGCGGCACUGUCACGUCACAACCGUCCUCUGGGGAGAGCCCCUCGGCCCAGUGUGUUCUUUGCUGCCUGUGAUGUCCGCUAGGUUUGUGUGUGGUUGUCUGCGGCCGGGCCGCCCGGGUCAGGCACACAGAGGCGUCAGCCCAUUCAGUCACCGGGUGCGUGUGACUCACGCCGAUGCCACAGGGCCCUCGUGAUGCUUUUCUGGAAAUGUUUUGCCAUGUUACUGUCUACGGUGAAUGUAUUGGCUUAGCCAAAUCACUACAGAAGGUGGUUUCUAAAUACCUUUCAGUUUAAAAAAAGUAAAUGCAGAUAAAGGCUACCUCUGAAUUCUCAGUAGAUUCAUGUCUGCUCUUACGCGUAGCUGUCCACACUGAAAUGGCCAAAAUGUCGCCCGAAUAAACCGAGUUGUGAACAUCUCUGUGCAGUGCGGCAGAUGUGCGUGCCACCGUGACCCGUGGCUCUCACGACCUGCGCCUUGGAGGAGGCACUUUCUCUUCUUUCUCACAAACGGGUCAGAAAUGGCCCCCUCUGCUCCCUGCUCCCUCUGUGCCCGCUCUGUGACUCACCAAGGUGCUUCCACACCGGCCCGGAGGUCACGCCUUCUGGUUCGAGCAGUGCAGGCGGACUGACCUGGGGUCGGCAGCCUGCGUUCCCGUCACUCCCUCCUGGAAACCGAUCUGAGGUUUGCAAGCAGGACAUUCUGUUCAAGUCCACGGCCCCUGUGCGGAAGGAACACAGGGUCCACGGCUGUGACGAGGGCAGGACUUCCCACGCCCUGGGUGUUGGUCAGGACUCAGUGCCCCUUUGUGAAUGGUCCCUCUGCUGUCCGAAGUGUCUCCUGCCCACACACUGCUGUGGGCCAGGCGUCACCCCCUUAUGUCUUGUUUGGGUUCCUAUGUUCUCAUGUCCUCAGAAGGUUGGCAUUGUGUCCCUCCACUUGCUCUUAAGUUUGGGAGGCACAGGCGGGCGAUCGCAUGUGGGGCGGGGGGGCUCUGCUCUGCUCCUGGACGCUCGUUGGCUUUGGGCCAGAGAGACUCGCGCGCACCCUGACGUGGCAGACGUGACAGACGUGGCCCUCCGCCUUGUGGUUUGGAUGGCGAUGCUCUGCAUGCUGCGUGCUGUGCUUUAACUCUGACAGCUGGGGUCCGCUGGUCUCUCGGGGUCACACUGUCUACCCUGAGAAGUUGGAUGUCAGGGAGAGUGCCCACAUGUCUGCUGACCUUUGGGUUGGUCUCACUUUCAGCCAGAAUCCCACACGGGGUGAUUCAGGGGACCCUGCACAGUGGCCCCCGCUCGAUCUGGCAGCGGGCCCGAAGAACUGGGCUCCAUCGCCCAUUGGCCUUUUGUACCCACAUCUCUGGAACCCAGAGGCAGCCCCCACCACACUUGCGUUCCUGAGAGAUGGUUGAAAAUAAGAGAACGGAAGAUCACUGGUGCUUUUGUUAACACUUUACUCUCUUAUUGGUUGAGUGAAAAGUUUCAGAUGUAUGAGAUCCUUAAAUGCCCUUGGGUGGUAUGACCAAAGGGGGAGUCCUCAUCUCACCCCACCCCCUUCCCUGGGGGUGUAGGGGCUGAAUCACUUCUGUUUCCAGCCCCCUUGGAUUUAAGCAGAGUUAAAGCUAAAACACCAAAUACUGACUCUUCCCCCCAAGUGACUCCAGGAACUAGAUGUCGAGGCCUCCUCACUCAGCACCUUCUGAAUCUUCAGGUCCUCACUCCAUGAGCUGGUCCCAAGGACAGCCGCGCCACCGGGCCCGUGUGGGGGACUGUGGGAACACCCUGGAGGGUGGGAGAGGGCGGCCCCUCUGGUCCCCAUUAGGACCAGACAGCAUGUUCCAGAAGACCCCGUCUCAGCCUCUGUGCCUUUAUCGUCUGGUCCCAGUGUCCUCUCAAUCAUGUUGGGGCUGCGUUUCCGCUGGGAAGGAAGCCUGUGCCAUCCCACACGUCGGUCAUCCACCUUCUGCCUUUGACGCUGCUUCUGCUCCUCCGCUCCCAACUCUGCAAACUGUGAAGCCCGUGCGUGCUGUCUCGUGUCAGGAAACGUGAGGUUCCGGUUGCGUGGUUUCUCCUGCGCCCUGGCCAAGGCCACACCUGCAGGGCCUUAGCAAGACCGAUCCCUUAGCCAGGCACUGGCCUGGUGAUUUUGUUCAGAGUCACUCGAGUACUUAGUAUAGGGGAACUGAGUUUUCUCCAAGGAAUGGGAAUGAGUCUGUGUGACAUGCCUGAGACCCUCAGCUGUAGGUGCCGUCCAGCCUGCUGUCCUCGCCUUGGAAGGCUGGCGUUCCCUUCUGUGACCUGCGGGAAACUGCUUGCUUGGCUGUGGGGUCACCUCGGGCUGUGCACAGACUCAUUUGGACACAUCUAAAAUGCAGCUUGUAGCUCGUGCUUUUUCGGGCCAGGUAGUGAGCGCUUUUCUUGGCUGAUGGUCUAAUUGCAAAUCACCAUUUCGUGUCAAGGGAUGAUUCUCUUGGUUUUAAGUGGGCGAGAUAAUCCAUGUUAUUUAUUCUACAAUUGUAUAGAAAGUCCUUCCUGAGGCCUGCUUGGCCCCCCGUCACCAAACCCCAGCCCUCCGUGCUGAGCGCCGCUGGCUGCAGGGGGAGCAACACAUUGGAAGUUUGGGUCCCUCUUCAAAGCCAAAUAUGUACCUGACUAAAAUCCUGGAAGUGUGUAGUUUAGCACUAAAUCGAAAUUUGAGUCCUGAGUUUGAUAGUGAAUGUUAGUGUAGUUGUUGAAGGUGUGAACUCCAUGUUUUAAAACUGUAGAGGCCAGUGAGUUUUUACUUUUUAAAAAGUUUUAUGAGAAUAAUUGUAAGUUUCUUUGCAGCAAAAUAGCUAAUUACUCAUUAACUACAAGAAAAGAAUGUAGGGUUUAAAUCCAGAAUUUUCUUACCUCUGGUACACUUCAGAUCACUUACCUAAUAUGUAUUGAGGGGUUUGAACCCUGGGUUUUAUCAACUUUUCUAGUUUUAUUUUAUUUUUAUAAAAUAAUUGAAAAAGAACCAAAAAUGAAUUCAAAAGUUCCCUAGGUAGAUCUUGCCUCCUCUUAAUUCCCCCCACAAUAAGACAUUUUAGAAGACAUUUUGAAUCAAAAUGUGUUACAACCAUUUAAAGUUUACGAUUUUCUAAGAAGCUAAGCAGCUGCAAGGGUCUCGUUUUGGGUGGUACUCGCGUCCCGCCCGCCCUCCCCGUGCGGCAGGUCCUGUGGCCGUGUCGUGCCUGCAGAGACACCGUGCCGCGUGCUGUUCUGUGAAUGGACAGUUCCUAUAUAAACUAGUAUUUAUAUUCGUUGGCCUCUCUGUCUGUGUACCUUCUCAUUUGCUACAUGAAUUGUAAACUUAAUUAUGAAAUUAUAGUACCUGUUAGAUACAGUUCUGAGGCUUCAUGUCCGUGUCUUUAGUUCACUGCCAUUCUGUGUGUGUGGAGGAAGUCCAAUGCUUGCAUGAUGCUGGGUGGUGAUGCCACUUUAAAUUAAGCCUUAAUCAGAUGUUCAAUUUGUAAGUUUCAGAGUAUGCAAAAAUAUUAGGCAGAGUGAGUGUAAGCUGUCCAGAUCAAGAUGCUGUGUUGUGAUUCAACGUUACAAAGGGAGACAUUCAGUAAGACUCUCUCUCUCUCUCCUCUCUUCCUCUCUCUCUCUCCUCCCUCUCUCUCUCUCUCUCUCUCUCUCUCUCUCCAGGCUGUUGCCAUCGCUUGAUGAAGACAGACCAUUGUGCAUCUCUGUGGCAGUCAGU